ACGUAUCUCGGGACGCCACUCAUCUAUUGUAUUCACCUCUUUCAUUCGGCCAACGAAUUAGCACUGGACGUAAGGCCUAUUUUUAAAAACAACUUUUUGAAAUACGUGUGUACGUAUACAGUCGUACGUAAGAUAUCACUUCGUUGAUUCGUCGCCGUUACAAAUCGAGGAAAGUUCUCGAUGUUAAAACAUUUUCAGGAAUAAAAUAAGGAAAUACUACUCAAGAACCAAUGGGGAGCCCGUCAGGGCUGGACUCACUUUGCGGCCAACAAAUAAAGAUAUGCCGAAACACAUCGACCAGUGGAGAUAGGCCGGGCAGAACAGGAACUACGUUCAGCUUGAUCAUGAAAUCCUUUCUAGUAGCCAUCAUGAUCCUCGCCUUUGCACAAGGAUGUACAUCGUCAGAGGCUGAGGAGCGACUCUUCACAAAACUAUUUUACAAGUACAACAGGUUGAUUCGACCAGUCGAGAACAACUCGGAGGUCUUAGAUGUCAACUUUAGACUAACAAUGUCCCAACUCAUCGACGUGGACGAAAAGAACCAAAUUAUGACAACCAACGUUUGGCUCAAACAGUUAUGGAUGGAUUACAAGCUUCAGUGGAACCCAGCGGAAUACGACAACAUCUCCAUUCUCCGCGUUCCCUCCAAAAUGAUUUGGACCCCUGAUCUGGUCUUGUACAACAAUGCGGAUGGUAACUAUGAAGUGACUCUUAUGGCCAAGGCCCUGGUGUACAGCGACGGUACUGUCUAUUGGCUUCCACCUGCUAUCUACAAAAGCUCCUGCAAGAUCAACGUCAGGUAUUUUCCCUUCGAUGAACAGUUCUGCCCGAUGAAAUUCGGCUCAUGGACGUACGACGGAAGCCUGAUCGACCUCAUUCCUUCGAGCAACGACGUCGACUUGGAAGACUACUGGCAGAGCGGCGAGUGGGACAUCAUUGGAACACCGGCCAACAAAAACACGUUGAAGUAUCCGUGCUGCGAUGAGAUCUACACGGAUAUCACCUUCACGCUUCAUAUCCGCAGGAAGCCGCUCUUCUACACGGUGAACCUCAUCCUUCCGUGCGUGCUCAUCUCGUUCCUCACCGUUCUCGUGUUCUAUCUACCCUCAGACUCAGGAGAAAAGAUCACACUCUGUAUAUCAGUGCUUCUGGCCUUGACUGUGUUUCUCUUGCUGAUUGCAGAGAUCAUUCCCCCGACAUCGCUGCUCAUCCCCCUCAUCGGUCGCUACCUUCUCUUCACCAUGGUCCUCGUUACCCUCUCCAUUGUCAUUACUGUUAUUGUUCUGAACAUUCAUUACAGAGCACCCAGCACGCAUACGAUGCGCCCGUGGGUGCGUAAAGUCUUCCUCGAAGUUCUGCCGCCGUUACUCUACAUGAAGAGGCCCAAGAGGUACAAUCAUGGAGAGAACCCCAAUAAGGAGAAGGACCUUAAUUAUUUUGAACUCAAGGAGGUGGUGCACAAAGAAGGAGAGAACCCACACAGCAACGGGCGGGACAUCUUUGACAACCUCCACCCGAGUUUCAAACUCCGGACACUAUCUGACGAUGUCGGUAAUCCGAACAUCGACGCGCCCUCGAUGUCGAAGGGAGGAGGGAGAUACUCGAAGGAGUUCAAACAGGCUGUUGAUGGAGUCAAGUUCAUCGCUCAGCAUCUCAAGAGCGAGGAUGAGUUUAAUUCUGUAACAGAAGAUUGGAAAUACGUUGCCAUGGUUAUCGACCGGAUAUUUCUCUGGAUUUUUUUAAUUUGCGUAAUUUGCGGAACAUCUGGAAUCAUCUUAUCGGCGCCCCUCAUCUUCGAGCCCGUGGUGACGCAGAUAGAACGGGACGAGGCUGCGAUGACAGCGGCCCCGACCAUGUCAGCUACCACCGAUCUCCCAAUUACAGACUAACUAGAGGUGCACUAAAACUAGCUGAUGUGACUAGUCUUUUAUAAACGAAAGUAAUGCAACUUUUGCCGCCGCCGUGAGUGAUGGAAGCCAUGUUUAUUUUCAUCCUAGGGCUGUAUGCUUGUUCUCGGUGAGAUGGUACUCGUUCCAACUCGUGGUUGAACAUGAUGACGAUGACGCAUCCUACAGAGGACAGUGGAUGAUGGUAUUUCUUGCGAUGAAGGUUUGAUGAUCCGAUGGAUGAAAUCCUCGAUGACAACUGUAGGAUAGCGUUUAUGCAAACCCCGCCUAGUGGAGAAGAAGCUUUGGGUACUAUUGCCCCUCUCCCGAGAAGGGCGUGUUCCGUUCUGGCCCAAGAAGUGCUGAAUGGUACCCAAGUAACCAGGAAUGUAUUACGUUGCAACCAUCAAUGCCUCUGGUGAAAAAAGAAUUACCGAUGGGCGAUAUUUUCAAUGAGAUUCGAGUAGAUGGAGCCACAAAUAACCGAUAGUAGUUGACAUUAUAUUCGAAGCCGACACAGCAAAUAUGGCAAAAUGUAUGCUCUCUUGAUAAAUUAUCAUUAAAGUAAAUCAGUCCUUUAAAAAACGUUCAAAUUUCAAAAGUUGCAGACUAGGAGAGGCUCGACCGGUCUCAGUUAUUCAGUUCGCCAUUUCCCUCCCUGGCACAGGUAACCCUAUGCAUACUUAAUAAUGGUAAUACGGUUAAUAAUUUACCCAUUGUGUUUCCUUUUGUUUCUUUGAAUCUUGAGGAUCACUGGAUAUCAUACUGUCAUGAUACAUAAUUACACCAGUCAAUAAUAUUAGAAGAAAUGGCGGUUUGAAUUCACCAUUUUGACGGAUAUCAUCCUGUUUUACGAGAUAGGUGUGAAAUAAAAGAGCAUGCAUUUACUGAAUUCAUAUCUUAAUUUUCAAAAUAGCAUCGGAUCUCGAACGAAACAUUGCUUCAAUCUUAGGGUACCUUUAUAGAGCUCAAUUACUACCUUCACAUCUCCAUCGGUGAUGAGUGUGAUGGAAUUUUGUACCGCACCCUUCAUCCCCUUGGCGCCAGAACCUCCCUUGCGAUCAUUUUGCAUGUUCCUCACUCAUGUUUACAAUAUCAGGAGCGAAUUGGGACCAUCCUACCAGUGACGGGUUCUUUUUUCUCAGAACCAUGUUUUCAAGAAAUAUGCGGGUUACGAUCGAGGUGAUAUGUUGACAUGAUGAUGAUGAACAAAGGUACGACUACAUCACCAGUGCAGCAGUUACGAUGGGCUCGAGCAACUGAUGUAUGAGCCACUACUGACAUGGCAACAACAUCUUGGUUAACACGUGACGAAAUGUGAGACUGAGAUCACGUAAUGUAACAAAAUGAACAAAAGUGAUAAUUUGUAUAUUUUAUAAUCGACAUGAUAAUUAUAUAGCUACAUUUGUUUGACGCUACUUUUGACUGUGAAUAUUUCCUGUACAUGUGAUCUUGUUUUGAGUGUAAAAAGGCAUUUUUUGAUAUUCUCUAUUUAGCUGAAAACAUCAAAUCUAUACGAAUUUGAGUACAAAAAAAAUGCGAUAAGGGUAAAUUGACUGUAGAUAUGAAGUUUAUCUCUUAACGCUGGCGUUGGACUUUAUCGUCGUAUUAACUCUUUUUUUAAUGUUAUUUCUUAUUGUAAGUAAACUGAUAAAUUGUUUAUCAAUGAUAUCAUAUUCAUCACUUUUAUUUUUAUUACCAAUUUUUCAUUAUGAUAUAAGUAUUCAACAUAUAUGUAAUGUAAAGACAGUAAGCAUGUUAGGUGUGAAAACGGUCAUUACGACAUACUAAAAUUGUAAGCAAUAUGACAUUUGUUCCGAAAUAAGACGAUACCGAUGUGAACAAGACUCAUUCGAGACUUCUUAACCUGCAUGCUUACUUUUGGACUUACCAUAAACGGACUAGAGUUUAAUUAUAUCGAAUGGAAGCAAUAGUAAAAUGAUAAAUACGGUUAUCUAUAACCGAUUAGGAGUGUACGAUAUGAAAUUGAGACCAAGGGUUUUUGGUGAGAAUUCAAGCAUAUAUUUUUAAAUGUCCACUUGAUAAUUUUGUGCUAGCGGCCUAAUAUCCAAGAAGAGCUAAAGCCGAAUAAAUUUGUUUUAUUAACAAAAUUAAUUUUCAAGAAAAUUAUUUUUUGAGAAAAUGAUGGCAUUUUCAUUCAAGUACUAAACACACCUAUCUUUUCUUUUUAAGUGAAAAUAUUAUUUACACGAUGCAGAUAUUUGUAUGUGUUUAUUCAUAUAGUAAAAACACUAGGCAAUGAUAUGUUUCCCUGCGUUGCAAUUUUGCACUCUCUACAUCUUCAGUCUUAAUAUUCGUUCAGUUCCAAGAUGAGAUUUUCGAUUUUUAAAUAGAAAGGCGUAAUUUUCUUUUCUCUGGAUGGCGCGAAGCAAAAUGUCGAUUACCUCACACUCACACGCCAUGGGUUAGACCAAAAUAUAAUAUAUGUGCCAUACAUAACAUUUUGUAUUCUAUUCAAACGUAGUCAGUUUUGUUCUUUUAAAUACAUUUCUUUUCUCUCCCAUACUUUUUUUUUUUGACGAACUAGGUAUUUUCCUAAGCGCUCUUAUUUAGAAACUGAUACUAUUCUCUAUACCAUUAUGACAUAUAUGUGUUCAUGAAAAAUAUAACCCUAUGAAUCUAUUAUUAUUUCUGUAGAUUCGGGUGUACAUUAUAUAUCAUUAUGCAAUAAUUGUUCUUAAGUAGAGACAAAAAUAUACUCUGCCGUAUAUUUCUAUGUGUGUUAUUCUGUUUCUGUCUGUGUAAUACAUGACGGCCAACAUCAUUUCAUUUCACGAUUCAAUACCAAGUUUAAAGUAUUCGCAUCAUUUGUAAUAUACUUUUAAUUAACUAUUUAUAAAACCCCAGAAACUAUAUUCAGCCGAACCUUUUCUGUUCAGUGUUACUAAAGAAUAUAGCAUCCUACGACAGUUUUCAAUUACACGUAUCUCAAGAAUUGUACCAUUUUAUGCAGUUUUAGUAAUGAAUUCAUGCUCUUUGCAUAAUCGUGCUUAACUUUUUUGUUGGUGACCUUUUGAAUGGUAAAUCGUUGCAUAAAAAGGGGCCAAAUCGAUU